AUUUUCUCCGUGAGCAGCGUACUGUUCCUGAGAGAAAUCCGUGGAAUUCCGAAAUCGGUGCGUGCACUUUGCCGGCAAUUUGUAUAACAUUUUUUUUGUUUACAAACAACUAAUAGCAGGUACCGCGAUAUGCCUCUAAAGAACUUGAGUGUUCUGCUGCCGGGACUGAAGUGGCUGCACGGCUAUACGGCUCAGGAUGCGGUGGCUGAUCUGAUAGCUGGCAUAACGGUGGGUCUAACGGUGCUGCCACAGGGAUUGGCUUAUGCCACACUGGCGGGAUUGGAGCCACAGUAUGGUCUGUACUCAUCUUUUGUGGGUGGCAUUGUCUAUGCAAUGUUGGGCAGCUGUCGGCAGGUGACGAUUGGACCAACCGCGUUGUUGGCGUUGAUGACAAGCCGGCAUACAGGAUUUGGUUUGGACUCGGGUCCGGCUUAUGGUAUACUACUGUGCCUAAUCUCCGGCGUUGUGGAGCUAGCUAUGGCUGUGCUGAAACUAGGCGCUCUGGUAGAUCUCAUAUCGUUGCCAGUAACCGUGGGAUUUACAUCUGCCACGGCUGUUAUAAUUGGCACCUCGCAGUUGAAGGGUUUGCUCGGUCUGAAAGGCGGCUCUGGCUCUGCCUUCAUCAACACCAUGAGCUCCGUUUUUGGGAAUCUGCAUCAAGUGCGUCGCGGCGAUUUAACCCUUGGACUGGUAUCCAUUAGUGUGCUCCUGUUGUUGCGGAAACUGAAGACUGUAAACGUGACAAAUCGCGUGAAGAAUUUACGUGCUCAACAGUUGCUCAGUGGCAGCAUUUGGGUUGUAUCCACCGGACGCAAUGCUCUUGUGGUGCUCGGAUCCAGCGUCUUGGCGUACAGCCAGUGCAAGAGUCUGGACAGCUGUCCCUUUAUUCUAACCGGCAAAGUGAAGAGUGGUUUACCAAACCUGGCGCUCCCCAAGUUCGAGACAACAAUUCUGGGCAAGAACGACACUCAUGUGCCACAGAAUUUUGAACAAAUGCUUUCGGAACUGGGACCUUCGAUGCUGAUUCUGCCUAUCAUUGCCGUGCUCGGUAAUGUGGCCAUAUCGAAGGCUUUCGGUGGCGUCGGCUUAAGUCCCACACGCGAGCUGGUGGCACUAUCGUUGAGCAAUAUUUGUGGCGCCUUUUGCAGCUCCAUGCCAGUGACCGGUUCCUUCUCCCGCAGCGCUGUCAAUCAUGCCAGUGGCGUGCGUACUCCAAUUGGUGGCUGUUAUACUAGCAUCUUGGUGCUCCUCGCCUUGAGUCUGCUGGCACCAUACUUUCAGUACAUUCCAAAGGCGGCGCUCAGUGCUGUCAUCAUUUCAGCAGUGAUAUUUAUGAUUGAGUUUGAAGUCAUACGUCCAUUGUGGCGUUGCAGCCGUCGUGAGCUGUUGCCGGGUGCCAUCACCUUCGUCAUGAGUCUUGCCGUUGGCGUUGAGAUUGGCCUGCUGCUGGGCGUUGGCGCCGAUGUCGCCUUCCUUGUCUACCGUGCCGCGCGUCCCAUACUGAGCGUAUCCAAGGUUCAGACCAUAAACGGAAUGAGCUAUAUUCUAAUACGACCCAAGCAUAGUUCACUCUACUUUCCGGCUAUUGAAUGGGUACGCUCGGGCAUCUCCAAAGCGCUCUCCACUCACGGAACAGCCCCCGUUGUCCUGGACUGUUCCCAUGUGCAUGAUUUUGAUUUUACAGCAGCCCGUGGCAUGGGAUCGUUGCACAAGGAGCUGGCCAAGGCGAAUGUGCCCUUGUUUUUAAUGAGUGCUCACAAGGAUAUCAGUGUUAUACUUAAAGAGUCUACGAAUAUUGAUUUUCCAACGAUAGAUUGCCCUAAUGAUUUGGAGUGCUUGUUGGAACAAACUACCGACUACGAGCUGCACUUGCAGGUGACGGCACCAUUGGUAGAGUCCAAAAUGCUACAAAACGUUGAGGCAAAUGCAACAGAACUGUCCAAACUGGCCACGAACAGCGCGUAAUUAGCAGGGUACUUAAAAAAGAAAUUCUAGACUAGCAAAUGGCACACAUAUACUUUUAAUUGUAUUUAAUCUUUUAAGCUAUGCUUAAGUUAUUGUAAUUACUUUCUAUAUUUCUGCCAAAUUAAUCAAAUUCAUUCCUAUUUAUUUAAUUACUUUCCCUAAGUUAUAUAGAUAUGUUAACUGUGUUAUUUCUCUUACCCAUGUCAUUGAAUUCCAUUGCUAUAAUCAAGGCUGCAAACCACCAAAAUUAGGUUCAGUUCGCAAACCGGUUUAUAUACCUCCUAAACCCAAGGUUGGGCUCGAACCCUGGUUCAAUUAUGAGAUAAAUUAAAUAAUUUAAGAUGACCUAUUAUUUUAUGUUUUUUUUAUGUUAUAAUAUAAUUAAAGUGAUUGAAUUCACUUCACUUCUCGAUUAGCACUAAAUUCCAAGAAAAUUUUCGAUUGAAGAUCAUUUAGUUCUGCAAAUUAACUACGAUGAACAAACUCCAGUGAGUGGUCGAUGUUUUCAUGGAAAUCGAUUCAAUCAACUUGAUAUAUCGCCGCUUUCACGAAAAUCGAGUUGUCGAUAUUUCGAUGUAUGCUUACAUCACUAAUAAAAAGAAUGUAAUUAUUUUUUUUUUGAAGCGAACCUUUUAUCAAAGAAAUGGUUUCGGUUAUGAAUGUUCAAAUGUUCGGUUCAUGAACCGGCUCGGAUUGUUAAAAACACGAACCGAACCGGUUCAGCGAGGUUCGGUUCAGAACCGGCUUUGCAGCCAUGGUUAUAGCCUGUAUUUAUUAGUCAACUGUAUAAAACGUCAAAUUGAUUUUUUUCAAUUAAUUAAAUUAGAACUGACUUUAUUACUUUAUUCCUUUCAUCAAAUUGUAUUAAUUCCAACUAUUUAUCAAUUAAUAAUUUUAUUCCUAUUCAUACCCGCUACGAUAUUACUUUUCACUCGAAUGACUUAAGUCUGAUUGUAUAUAGUAGUUAAGUUUUAUAUGUUCACUUUGAAGUUGAAAUAAAAUCGAAUUAA